AUGUUUGCCAUUGCCAAUCCCAAUGAAGUUUGUUGCAAAUGCACAAGAUGCAAUCGCAAUUCUCUUGGAUAUACCAUGACAGAUAAAAAAACUGCCAAGCGUCAUGCCCAGAAUGACAACAACAGAAAAAUAGAUAAAACCAUUAAUGUUUUGACAGCUGAAGUAAAUACUGGUGAAACUGAUAUGGACAUAGAUCAAAUUGAAGAAUAUGUUGAAGAUAACAAUCACUCUAUUGGUGCACCCUCACCAGAGCAGUAUGUCCAUACCUACUUACCUCUUUUGGUGGAAGAAUCUCUUUUUGGAACAGAGGAGUAUACUUCAGAGUAUGAGUCUGAAUAUGAAUUGUCAGAUGAAAUUGAGCCAGAAGAGCAAGACAGAGAGGAAGAACAGACAAACCUCCCAGAAAAUUUUUGGCAUAGAGUAAUUGCCAUUUUCACUGUAAUGUUUAUUUUGACUUUCAUUGUGGAUGACAGUGCUGUGAUCUUGAUUACGUUCAUCAAUACAAUACUUGCACAUUACAGAGAGGAUUUCCAACUUUUUAUAAGUAUUCCUGGUCUGAAGAAAAUGACAGGGUACAAUGACUUGAUGAAUGAGGUGUCCAAUUACGUAGCAUGCAGUGAUUACCACACCUUGUAUGACUACAGAAACACCACACAAACAUGUUGCAAUUUUAGAAGAGUCAGCAGCAAGACCUUUUGCGGAAACGAUCUUUACAAGCACAUAAAUGUAACACUUGUUUCCCUUUUAUCUUAA